UUUCCGGACAGCGCCGCCUGGCUAACCAAUAUUGCGGGAUGCCCGACGCCCUCCACGUGCUCGUGGUCGCCGACAUCCGCAAUGCGAUCGGUCGCGUCAAUGAUCUGUGUGAUUACGUCAUCCGCCACCGCCCCGUGGACGUCGUGCUUGUCUGCGGCAGCUUUGUCGCGCCGGCCGGGCUCCAAUCGCCCGAGGAGCUCGCGGCCGCGGAAGGCGACAUGACGGCGCUCAUCUCACGCCUCGAGAUGAUCGUUUGCCGCGUGGUCUAUGUGCCUGGCCCAUAUGACCCGAGCUCGACCAAGCGCCCGACGACCAAGCCCUUCCUGCCCAAGCUCACGCCCUAUUCGAUCAACUGCGACGGUGCGUCGACCGUGCUCUUGCCCGAAACCGAUGGCGACCGCACGUUGAGCCAAGGCAGCCCGCUCCCAGAGCUUGUCGUUGAGGGCUGGUCAUCGGUCAUCGAUGGUCAUGUGGCCAUGGAGCUCCGGACAAAGUACGCGAUCGACGAGAGCCAAUGCAGCGUGUACCGCAAGCUGGCGCGGCUGCCGUGGUGUUGCCGCAUCGGGCUGAGCGACCAUAGCUUCGGCAGCGUCGAUUGGAUAGAGAAAGGCCAAGUGUUGUUGCGUCCUGGCUGGUUCUCGUCGGGGUCGUUCGCCUUUGUCGAGUUUGGCCCUCGAACACUCGGCGCCGACACGGAAGACGAAGAUGAGGACGAAGAGCCUGCAUGGGACGUCAAGGCGUGUGAGGUGUUACAUCUCAACGACGAGUUUCAAGGCUAAUACUAGACUGUCGGAUUGCAAUGUGCGGGUGCC